UGUGCUGUCUCCGAUCGUGGCGCAGUUCACGUGCCUCCCACGCGACGGCAGUUACUGGAGGCCGCGACGCUGACGCGCCCACCAGUCAACGUGUCAACGGGAAGUGAGCUGACGACCCGCCUUCACCGGGCAGGGCUACUGCGACGUGUUCCUUAAGUGCCGCCGAGUGGACGCCGAGGGGCCGCUGGUGCAGCUCAAGAAUCUGCUCUUCUCCGAGAAGACGCUCAUGUCCAUCGUCGAGUGGAUCACGCACUACUGGUGGGCGGUGCUGCUGAUCUCGGUGGCGUUCGUGGUGGUGAUGGCGCUGUUCAUCCGCUGCUGCGCCGUUCACACGCCGUCCUCCAACCCCAAGAGAGCGCCGCCCAGGAAGUUCGCCGACACGCUCAAACACCCCAUGGACACGCUGAAGCGGCAGCGGCGGCAGCAUCCGCGGCGGCCGCCGGGCGGCGGUGGUCCGGUGGUGGAGGAGUCGGAGCUGGCCGCCAGCAGCGCGCGACCCAGCCGGGCCAGUCACGGCCCGCCGCCGCCCUACCAGCAGGUCGGGCCCAGCCGUCACGGCUACGGCGCGGGUCGCGGCCACUACAGCCGACAAGGCACACGGGAGGACGUGGAGGCCGGCGGCCGGGCGGCGGAGCGUCAGAAGCGCCGCUCUCAGCCGGCGGCGGCCGGCCGGCACGUGUGACCUCGGUCCGAGGCGCCGGCGCCCGCCGCCUCCUGACCCGACACCGACACGAACGCCGAGCCUGGGCCCCCCGGACGCCGCCCGCCAGCCGGCGGGACACCACGACCGGCCGGCCGGCGCCAUUGCCCGGGGCCGGGGGGUUCGGCCGGUGGUCGUGACUGCGAGCGGCACCGCGGGCGGCCAUCCACGGACACGGUGCGGCUCACGUCCAGUGGGCACGCAUUGAAAUCAAACCAUUUGUGUACUUGCAUUAUGAGAAGCGGCAUUGCCAGGGCGGCGCGUUCUUGGCCUCUUCCUGGCGUGCGGGCGGUGGUGAUGUGAUACCGCGGCCCGGCACCCGUUGGCGCGCGCUCGUGCGUCGCCCCGGCCGCUGGGCGGGGCUCAGGCGUCUGCGGCCGGUGCAGGCUCCGACCUUGCUGCAGCCCGCUUCCGACGCCCGUCCGUCCGCGCCUGCAGCCUGGCCAGUGAGCGACACCCUCUCAGUGUGCGCCCCAUUGGGCCGCCCUGCUCCCUGGCGCUAUUUAAGCUUUCGAAGUUAUUUGUUCCGUUGCACUGGUGGAUGGAAGUGUGAUCUGCGACGGCUGGCCGGCGCUGUAUGUGCGUGCGGCCAGGUCCGCUCCCGGGCGUGCGGGGUCGCGGGACUCAUUCGGGUACCCACUGCUUUGUUGCUGAACGCGUGAGGGCGGCUUUUGUUGUGAAUGGCGGUGAAGCUUAUCUGAGAUGAGGCUUGGUGUGGUUUUGAUAUCUUAUUCGAAUUUUGAUUCCAGAAGCUUUUAAAGUUAUCGUCUCCAGAAUAUCGGCUUGGGCCGGGCAUUGGAGGUGUCGGUUGGCAGAAACUCAUGCUGCUUUGUACGGUGAAGUGCGAAGGCGCCUUGGAGUGGGGCAUUGCCCAAGCGCUUGUUUUCCCCCGCCCCACCAUGCGGAGUCGGUGCUGACUCGAUCGCAUGGCAAGCGUAUGACUGGUGUUGGUGGCUUUUGAGAACCGGAUGCGUUUCAGGAGUGGUGACUGGUUGCGUCAGCGGGCGCUGCGUGCCGACUCUCCGUCUGUGGGCUUUAGGCGGAGCACGUGGGAUGAGCGUGUCCGGGCCGGUUGUUCCGCCACCUCCAGGGGGCGUGUGCCGGUCGCCGCCCCGCGCGCACGCAGUACUAGAGCCCGCGACCACGGCGGGGCAGCUCCGAAUACCACCACUUCCACGCCACCAGCGGUGACCUACUCUGCGCACGAUCUCUGGCCACUGAGGCACGGCGCCGGGGCGGCGGGGCUCGGCGGAGCCAGGCGCAGUGACGGCGUCAGGCGUCAACGCGCGGGCUGUGCCGCUCCGUAAGGCUCACGAGCUAUUUAGUCAAGCCUCGUAAGGAUAAUUUGUUUCGCAAAUAUUUGUACUCGGCGUUCUGUGGACUGUAGCGUUUCGACGGCUUUCCCGCUCGUCGUUAGAGUUCCGCGUAUUCAUUUUCUGAAAUUCCAAAGGAAUGUAGAUGUCUUCUGAUGUUUUAAGAUGUGCGUUAUCCCGUCUAUGCAGUACACGAACGCCCUUCACACGAUGUCCACGUAUGCGUUGUCUUCUGUUACGGAGGUGCACAAACAGUGCGGCAGAACAAGCUUGGUGCAGUGCUCCCUUUCGUUGCUGGACCCGCCUUGUCAGCCCCAGCCGCCGUGUGUCGCCGCGACCUACUCCGCAGCACUCGAUACCCAAGUGGCCUUGCGCAUCAUCACCGUGUCAUAUUGAUUUGUGGCGAGUCAGGGGGCGGCGGGCGGCGGCGACGGCUCGUUAGCGACGCCGCCGCCGCCCGCCGCGCACGAGAUGGCACCUCAGCGCGGCGCGUCCGCUCGCGGCGCGGACUGCUGCCCGCCACCCGGGCACGUGGUGGAGUCGGACCGGACUGGUGGCGUGUGGGCGCGAUCCGAAGCCAGCUCCACACCCGGUGUCGCUGGUCCCGGUAGUUAGGAUGCACUCAUCUGUCUCACUUUGUAUGUAUAUUGUAAGAUGUGUAAUGAAUCUUACGAGGUA